AGAUCAUCCUUUUCAUUGUUUCCCUAGCUUUUCACAGACGUUUUCCCCACAGUGUCUACUGCGGCCUCUCCCGUCGCCCAAAGGGCAGGCCUUUCAGGCCUUCCCCUGGAGCUGCGCGACCAAAUCUAUUAUUACUACUUCAAGGCAGAUGGCGGCUACGUCUCAGAUGGCGACAAGCUGCUCCAGGCCAGUGGCCAGGCUGUCCAGAUAUUGCUGAUGCUAGCAUGUCGCUCCAUUGCCUCUGGGACGCGUCAUCUCCCUUUCACUCUUAAACACAAUCACCUUCUCGACGAUCUAUCGGCCAGAUUGGAGGAAGCAGGCCCUCAUGCUCAACCAGAUAGCUCAUUACCAUCUCUUUCUACUACGAGGCAUGGCCCUUCGGCUGGGUCGACUUCUGACGCCUGAUUUAUACGAAGAGCCCAGUCCUGAGUAUUCUCAGUACAUGCCUAUCGUGAUGGAGGAAGUACGAGAGUUCAUCAGGAUUUACGACCAACGUACAGAUCUUCCCGUCGAAGCUAGAAACAUGUCAGCCUUUUAUGACGCUCAGCAAUUUCGAGAUGACGGCAAAACAACAGUUGGGGUCGCCUCUGUGAGAUAUCGAGGGGAUGAUAGCACAGCCUCCUUGAAACGCACAAGGACGUACCUAUUGCGACAACUUGCAGGCAAACACCAAAUUCACCCAGGCUGUUGGAGAAAUUUUACCGGGAUGGAAUGAUUCGCAUUCGAUUGACGAGUUCUUCGACCUGGGAUUCGAUCCAUGGGCCAUACCGACUCGAUCUGAAGUCAAAAGAAUGGUAGAUCUAAUGCAAAUGACUAGGUGUUGGCAGCGUGCAGAAGCUUGGUACCAGUUAGGCUUUGAUCUCCCAGGCUAUCGUGGUCCGAAAUAUCGAUAUAAACGAAAAUAUUGGUUCUCGGUUGCCGCUCAUGCGAUCAGAUUCCUUAAGCAACUUUCUCAGCAACAGCGUCUCUUAAUAUCUAAGCUUAUCCUUAAGGAAGAUCGAUAUGCAGCUGCUUUUCCUGAGUCUCAUGUAAUAGGCAUGGUUCCCUUUUGUCAAGAGAAUCCGAAGCUUCAUGUUGAGCACUAUAUAAACCUUUGGCGAAACAUACUUGUCAAUGGCGAGAAUUUCGGGAUUCAGGGUCUAAUGUUCGAUGUCCAAGGUCCUUCUUGGUAUUUUGCCGGCACAACUGAGCGACAUCAAAUCCAAUCUAAUGCCAUCGGUCAAUCCUUUACCGGCUUUCUCAUGCACCUCUUGGAGGCCUUGAAGGAAGGGUUACCUCCGGACUCAUACUCCCUUAUUGUCAGUGGCCAUCCUGACCUCAAUUUUGCAACAGAGGCCUUUUCUAUAUCUAUGAAACCUUAUAUAUCCUGGCUCACGGUUCAUACGGAUUGCAUUACCCACAGCCUGAUUGCCCCGGCUAACCACCAUGAAUAUCCUUUUCCUACUAGAACACCAGCCCAGGGAAUAGCUUCAGUGCGAGAGAGAAGCGCCAUCAUUCAGUGCGACUUCACACUUAACCAACCAUGGGAUGGUGAAACGAUCUAUAGCGAUUCCGGAGCAUCUAGAAUCUUGAGUCUAAACGAUUUAACGAUCCUUAAUAUGGACUUUGAGACUGACAUCCUGGAUUCCAGCACUCAUCUGCUUGGUUGGGAAAAGGUUCAGAGGGAAAGCUAUGAAAUAGAAGAGCUUUCGGAAGGCGUCUUCGCAGAGCCUUAUAACUAUCGUUACUUAGCAUAAGAGCAUUGCAAGCAGACAGCGGAGCAGAGCACAUUACUGGGCCGAGAUUGUAGGAAGUCUUGGGGGUUAUAGUAUGCGUAUAUGCUCUUUCUUUACGCGUCUGAUCUUAAUUUGAAUUAAACUAUUUUUGUUACA